AGGCACCUCCGUUCGAGAAUGCAAGCCUUGCAAAAUAAGUUGCAAGGCCGCACCGCCGUGUGCGGUGUUGCGGACCUUCAUGCCUCUUGCAAUCGUCAAGUAGUGCUGACGCCCGUGGUAGCUCGUGUGUCUAGCCGGCGGGCGUGCCAGGGCUUCCGCAAUGUCACCAAGGGCCCUAGCGCCGGCAGGGCACACACCGUCGUUGUACGCGCCGCAGCUGCUGCUUCUCCUUUCCCAAAGCGCGAUGCUCGUCUCGUCCUUGAGGAUGGGUCUGUUUGGCAUGCGACGGCGUUCGGUGCUAGCGGCACGGAUAUUGGCGAGGUGGUCUUCAACACCUCCCUCACAGGUUAUCAAGAGAUCAUGACUGACCCUUCUUACAAGGGCCAGUUUGUAGCGUUCACGUGCCCACACAUCGGCAACGUUGGGAUCAACAACGAGGACAUGGAGUCCUCCAAGUGCCAUCUGGGUGCGAUCAUUGUGAGGGACCUCUCGUGCGCGGUCUCGAACUACCGCGCCAAGAUGACCCUGGAUGAGUACUGCAAGAAGGAGAACGUAAUUGGCCUCGCCAACAUCGACACCCGCGCUCUCACGAAGGUGCUGCGCGAGACUGGUUGCCUGGUUGGCGUCGUGACCACCGAUGCCACCAAGUCGGAUUCCGAGCUCGUGGAGAUGGCCAAGUCGUGGACCAUCGUGGGCAAGGAUCUGCUGUCGGUGGUGUCGUGCACGGAGCCGUACGAGUGGGGCAAGGGCACCACGGAGGAGUGGGAGUUCAACGGCCACACCAAGCAGGCCAAGCAGCACGGACCCUUCCACAUUGUUGCCUACGACUUCGGCAUCAAGACCAACAUCCUGCGCCGCCUGGCCUCCUUCGGCUGCCGCAUCACCGUGGUGCCCGCCACCUACCCGGCCUCCGAGGUCCUCAAGAUGAACCCCGACGGCGUCUUCUUCAGCAACGGACCCGGUGAUCCGUCGGCUGCCCCCUACGCCGUUGACAACGCCAAGGCCAUCCUGGGCAAGAAGCCCGUGUUCGGCAUCUGCAUGGGGCACCAGGUGCUGGGCCAGGCGUUCGGCGGCAAGACCUUCAAGCUCAAGUUCGGCCACCACGGCGGCAACCACCCCAUCCGCUACAUGCCCACGGGCCGCGUUGAGAUCUCGGCUCAGAACCACAACUUCGCGGUGGACCCCGCCACGCUGCCGGCGGGAGUGGAGGUGACCCACAUCAACCUCAACGACGGGACGUGCGCAGGCAUGGUGUACAAGGAUAAGAAGGCCAUGACCAUCCAGUACCACCCCGAGGCCUCCCCCGGGCCGCACGACGCCGAUGUGUGCUUCGAGCAGUUCAUCGACAUGAUGCGCGCGGAGCGGGUGUGAAGGGCGCGCCUGUGAAGAGCGCCGGACUGCGGGCCUGACUGCCAGGAGGAGGGCAGGCCGCCGCCGCAGCCAGGCAGAGCCCGCCAGCUUGCCAGCCGGAUGUGCCUUUUACCCCCCGAGCCGAGCCGAGCUGAGCCGAGCCGAGCGAUACUACUGAGCACACCGGAAUACGGUUCUCCCUCCAGCCGUGUGAGGCUGGGAGGCUUUUGACGCUCUUGCUGUGCUUGUGUUUGCAGAUCUGUUGGGUCGGUUGUGUGGUGCAGGAGGGCAGGCAGGAAGACGGGCCCGCAGCUAAAAGGGCUGUGUAGAGGUCGCCUGGAUGGCCGCUGUAGACGAGAAACGGGUGUGACCUGGUCUUUGCAGGCCUUGCACGUCCUAAUUCAUGUUUGCUUUUUUGCUCAGAGCGCGUGCGCGUGGGUACAUGAACCAAGCGGGGUAGGGGCUGGGGCGCAGCGGCAGCACAUGCCUAGUAGAGAAGAGCUUUCAACGCGCUGCGCUAGUUCCCGCUGUAAGAUGCAGUGUGGCAUUUUUGCCGCUUAUACGGGUGCGCACGUAUGGUGUUUGUUUUUAUCCCUUCAUUAGAGAUUUGUCCCCCGGGUUUUCAAGAGGGAAUGGGAGGGCGCCCUGGGAGCCAGCUUCACUUGUUCAAGGCUGCGAUGCGGUGUGCGUAAUAAUUGUUUUUUGCAAGAGGACAACAACAUCCAAUGAUGCACUGCAGGGUUGUGGAGC